AUCUAUUCGAUUUACUAUUGAGUCACACAAAAAAGAUCACUUGACUGGAAAAAGCGGGGGCGAGGAGGCAACAAUAAUCAACUAUCGAGCUUCCUUAUUUUAGUCAGUUCGCUUUCUUUUGUGUAGCUAUAGACCUUUAUCAUCCAGACAGAGCAUCCAGAUCGAUUGUUUGACCCAAAAAGGGACAUUGGCAUGAUCCUUCCUUUGUGUUUUCAAUAUACUUCAAGGGAAAUGGUUAACUGACCGUAUUAUCGACCGUUUUAAUGAUCGCGGAUAUUCGUUAGACGAGUUUGGGUACCCUACCCGGAUGUGCAUAUUGAAUGACCGUGACUUGUGUGUGUGUGUGUUUCAGACCGGAGCUCCGUUCGCUUUUUCCAUGUAAUAUUACGUUAUAUUACACGCUGAGAGACCGUACCGGGUAUUAUAGUUUUGAGUGAAGCACGACGCGAUUGUAUUUUCCUAGUACUACACUUGCGUAGGUUUAUUUGGAUUAUAUUUAAUGGCAUAGCCAUGAAGCCGCAAGUGAUGACCAUAUCCACUACUGUCUUAAACGAGGAACAGCAAAAUGGUGAAAUGCCACACAAAUCUGCAAAAUUUGAUAUACUGCACGUGAAAGAAGAGCCGGUUGACAACAGCGAUAUCGAGUCGACCACUUCCCCCGACACUCCGGGGCCGCGACGCAGCCACCACCUCAAGAAGAUGAUGGAAAAAUGGAUGAAUGUCAAAGAUGGAGAUGGUGUCACAAGAAAUCACUUAUCACCUAGUAGCAAUGACACCGAUGAUGCCAGGACACCACCGAGGUCAUCCUUGAUGUCGCCUUCGAAAUCACCGCCGAAGUCGUCGAAAUCCCCGUCUUCCCCUCGCCUCAAUCUUUCAAACAUACCGCCAGAUCCUCGGAAAUGGACCUCACUGCAUGUAGGAAGCUGGGUCGAGGCGGUAGCAGCAAAAUAUGCCUUCGAAGUGAACAAGUCAGACUUUCAAAUGAACGGAAUGGGAUUGUGCCUUAUGAAACGGGAAGGAUUCUUACAUCGAGUGCCCGAACACGGUACGAUUCUUUUCGAAGAUUUCCGAAAGAGGCUUCGGCAGUAUCUCACCGCAUGUCGGCAAAGGGUGCGGACUACCUAUUCGCACCCAGGGACCGCAACACUUCCCGGUAGAGCGCACCACUUCCCGGCACCCACCGCAUCAGGGGCGUCACAAGUGCCGACAUCACCCAUUGUUCAACCCGGUCAGGCGGGUUCUCAGUUAAUUGCCCCAUUUUCGGCACUUCGGAACGUACUUGAUCGCAACCCAUCGGGAGUUUCCGGGAUUCAUCGGUCUUUGCACACGGUACCACCACAACAGGAACCGUUGCCGUUUCGGAACAUUGCACCGUUUCCCGGGAAUAAUCCUCAACCAUCGGGACGGAAUGAUCACACAUUUCUGCCACCAUCUCAAGCCGGGCCGUCCGCGAGCACGACUGGACAAUCGUCCCCUCUAGUAGCCACUCUAAAUGGUCAGUUCUAUGCAGCUGCUUCCCACAUUGUCGGUGCAUCACCAAUGCAUCCACGUCUUCCUAUUCCCGGUUUACCGGCAUCUACAGCAAAAACAUCAUCUCCUUUGCACAUGACCCUCCCGACCUCAGCUUCCACGGCUCACCCUUGCACGCAAGUUACACCCGUUCAGAGUACCUCGGUGUCUACGUCGUGUCAAGUACACAAUCCUCCAGCCGUUUCCGGCCAUCGUCUCUCUAACUUUCCCCACAUGGGUAAUCCAUGUUACCUCCAUCAUUCACCGUACUACCGAUUUGUUCCUAUCUACCGAACAAUGCGAGUUGUCGGGCGUUUUGAGCCUGUACCGUAUGGGUAUCCACUCACGGUACCCUCAACGACAUCACCCGACGCCUCAUCAGACGUCCCGCCAAACCAACCACCAAACGCCACACCAAGCGUCCCGCUAAGUGCCCCACCGAACGCCACGCCAAACCCCGUGUCGGAAUCCACGAGCCAAUCACAAGCCUCCAUUGCAUCUCAGAGCACGACGUCACCGCCAGUCAACCAAUCGCAAGCUCUAGAUUUGUCAACCUCAAAUAGUACUAGACCCGCUCCAUCUCAAGCCCAGAAUGUGCCUUUCAGCGGCGGUCAUAAGCGAAUCAAAACAGAACCCAAAUGAAAAAAAAAAUUUGAUAUGUUAUUAUUGUAACAAAUAUGAACAGAUUUACAUUGAAAUAGACAGUAAACUCUCUUCACAAUGUCUAUUGAUUCGCGCUAACAGAUACAUAACCAGCAGCCUCUAUUUCCCCGCAUUUAUCACGAUUUUCUUUUUGGUAACUUUCCUAGGAGGGACGCAACCGCGUUAUUCAGUUUUCGCCGCGACUAUAGCGAGUAAUUUAGCUCGCGUAUGCAUGCUGUGCGUGCAGUAGAAAUGACGUCACUACCAAGAUUUUGACAUUCCUACAUUAACCCGACCAAAUGUGAUUACCAGGCGAUGAUAAUGAUAUUAUUUUUAACUUGAUAUAACUGGUAGCGCGGAUUUCUUUAUUUAAUGCAAUCAUUUCCCCCUUCUGAAUUUCAGCUGCAGAAAUAAACCCACCUUUUUGUUAAUUAUUUAUUGGAAAAAAAAUCAUGUAUAUAUAUAAUUCCAUUUUCUUUGCUUUAAUUUCACCUUUUUUUAUUGAUCUGAUGAGUCCGCCACUGGUUUACCUCUUUCAGCUUUCGUCCAUUUUGUUUUUACCUCACUUGUGAUUGGAUGUGUGUUUUCAUUGCAACUCUUGAUCAGCCAAUCAAAUUCGAGCUCUGAUUGUAUAUGAGCCAAUGGCCUGCCAGGAUGUAGACAUCAUGCAAAAUGCUUCUUGCUGAUUGGUUGAUGCAUUAAUAGCGGCAUGGGAGACCGUAAGGCUAUUGACACACUACUCCUCUUCUGAUUUACCCAACCAAGUUUUGCGCAGAGUCAAUCAGAUGCAAGGAUUUUCAGUUUAUAUCAUCUGUCGGCGAAGAUUACUAAAAAAAUCUUCAAAAAAAAAAUAGUGAAUCGUUUCAUCAAAAUUAAUUUUGUCAUUUGAUUGUCAGGGGCCUGUUCCUGAAAGAAUUGUGAUUAAUCGCAACUCAAGCGCUAAUCGUAAGUGCACUCGUCUGAUUGGCCAAAAAAAUCAAGUUCUGAUUGAUUUCCGGUUGAUUGAUUGAGUUGCUUUUGAUUGCAAUUCUUUCUGAAACGCGUCCCUGGAUCUGAAAACUUUCCUUGAGUUUGAUUGGCUGAGAAGGGCAAUUUCUAAAGUAUAUGUCGGAUAAAAUAGACUUUGUCGGAUAAGGCAUCCGACAAACCUUUCAUGAAAUACUGCAAAGACUUGAAACGAAACUCGUACACCCAUUUAAACAUAACAAAACAAGUAGCUCCCCAUAAUUUUUCAACGAAACAGUUGAGAUGAGAAGCGCAGUUCCUAUGGUAACUGUCCAAAGACUCGAAACUAAACUCGUACACCCAUUUAAACAUAACAAAACAAGUAGCUCCCCAUUUGUUUCCAGCAAACAGUUUCAGCUGAGAAGGACAGUUCCUAUGGUAACUGUCGGAUAAAAUAGACUUUGUCGGAUAAAAACAUCAGAUAAAUCCUUUUAUGAAAUACUCCCUGACUUGAAACUGAACUCGUGCACCCAUUUAAACAUGACUAAACAAGUUGCUUCCUUUAACUUUUCAACGAAACAGAUUUGAACAAAAUAUUUUGGCAUGAAUGUGGCUACAUUCAUUGGCUAACUUUGUAAAGGUAUUACGUUUAUAUAUACCUCUAUUUUCAUCGUUCCUUUCUCUCUUAUCUCUCACUACCUCAUUUUUUGUCUAUACAUAGGGCCUAUAGAUUGAUUCUUUUCCAUUUCCCACUUCAAAAGGUCUUAUAGUUAAAUUCUGCUGAACCUAUGAUUUUGAAGCUAUAGGUGUAAUGGGUGUGUAUCAUACAAGUAACGUACACAGUAAAAAUGCUGUUUAAGAUCUUAUACAACGCUGUUUACUAUAUGAACCUUCAGUAUUUGUUUAACCGUUUUAACAAUCAUGUUUAAUUCAUUGGAAAUUAGAUAUUGUAAAUUAAGCUUUGUUGCUUAAGAUUUAAACAGUUGUUUAAAUUGUUUAAACAAUUACUGUAAGGUUCAUAUAGCAAACAGCGUUAUGGACCUCUGUAAUUUAAGAUUCAUUAUCGUUCUUGAAGUGGCUAUACUACUUUUUAAUAGUGCGCAAUAUAAUGCUUUCCCCGAGUAUAGUCUUACCGAAAUAUCUGCAGAAAUGCACACACGGCCACGCAAUGACCGUGAGUAUUGACAGAUUAAAUAUUUCGAGUAUGAACACGGUCAUGAAAAUGAACUGAAUCACCACAGUAAAUUUACCCGUUGUUCGUACAGUACAUGAUUUAUUGCACAAAUUUCGCCACAAGGCACAUGCUUCUCCCAAGUCGUCAUUAUAGAGAAAAGUCUACCUCUUUGUGUAGGAGUAACAGGGAAAAGCAGUUAUACCUCAUGAUCAUUUGAUUUAUUUACAAGCGUAUUAGAAUAAAAAAUAUAAUCAAAUAUAAAUUAUGUAGGCCUGUCUGAAGAGACUCUUCCUUUUUGCGCCUAAUAUUCUUUUCCUCGAUCAUUAUACACAGACAGUUCAGAUUUUAGUUUAUUUACCAUUCCACAUAAUUUGUUAUUCAGUGUUUCAUAAUGUAUUUGCCCCUCAAUAACUGGGCUUUAAAAUGUCUUGUUUAUUUCGUUUUUUUUUUUCAUAUAACCUCCAGGAAAAGUCGAUAGUCGCUCCUGAAACCUCCAAUAAUAAUCAGUGACGGUAAUUAUACAAGGAGUUUUUAAAAUAAGUUGGUAACAGUAUGAAAAGCACAUGCAUAACAGUUUUUCAUGCAUAUAAAGAAUAUCUUGCCAUUAUGUACACGGCUAUCAGAAAAAAUAUAUCUUUAGAAAUACUUGAAGUUCUUAUAAUUAAUUCGGUAUUGGGUUCUACAACUGUUUUUUUUUAUAUUGUGAAGAUAAUCAUUGUCAUAUAAGUGUCAUACAAUGUAAGCAAGUUCUCUUAACAUGAUUAACCUGUAUACCUCUAGGUAAGUGUUCUGUACAUUUAGCAACUUUUCUUGAGUAAAAACAUGAUCGUAUAACUUUGUAUAUCUGCUGUUUCAAUAAAAUCAAGACAUAUUUUCAUUAAAGUCUGCUUCCAAUAAGUAAUGCUUGGAAUAAACAGUAAAUCCUAAUCUUUAUUUUGAAAGAAUGUUGGGAAAUCAAGUUCCUUUUUAUAGCUAUUUUAAUGUGAAGCCAUGUGUAUGUUUCUUUACAUGGUUAUGAUUUUAGUCUAUUUUGGGGUCUCGAAUUUUCAAGGAUUAUUUUGAUAUAUGUAUAUAUCCAUCUCACGAUUGUCAAACAUGGAUGAUCUGCGUUUUUCAGCUUUGCUUUCAAAAUAUAAUAAAGUUUAUAUUUGAUUUUA